AUGUCUGCUUGGAAGAAGGCCGGUAUCUCCGUUAACAAGUACUUUACUAUCUCUGCAAAGACCCUCACCAAGGCUCUCAAGCCAGAACUACAAGCAAAGGCUACCAGAAGAUACAUUUCUGAAGUCAAGGUCCAACACAUCAAGAAUGGUGAAGUUGUUAAGACCGUUGAUUUAACUUCCGGUAAGGAGCUCAAAUUAUAG